AUGGAAAGUAAUUUCCGCAAACGUUUUCAAGACCGAAUUCAGCCAGGCAAUUUUGCAGAAGUGUUUGAUACAAAAAUUCCAAUAAAUAAGUCGCUUAAACUAACCCAAAUCCAUAAUGAACCAUCCCCAAUCCAAAAUGGAUACUUAUGCAGGAUGACUCCUUUGGCAAAGCCACGAAAGCUGUCCUUUCAGCAAAAAAUAAAAGCAGUGUAUGAAUCAAGUCCACCUAAAAACGAGAGCCAAAAGCAAAUAGGGAUAAAUACAGAAAUAUAUUCACAAAAAGCACCUUCAGUUAAUUUCAAUCAGCUUCGAGCAUCAUGGCACAAAAGUACAAUGUCAGCAAGUUUCACUGAAGACCAUAGCAAUAUAAUUUCGCAGAAUUAUAACAUAGCCAGCAAAAUUCCAGUCCAAAACACUAUAAAGAUUCAAAAUAAUGGUGCUUAUGAUACCAGUGAAAAAGAUUUUAUAUCAUCUAAAUACGUAUCUUUUUAUGCAUCUAGGAAUACCACAGCAGGCAGUGAAAUUGGAAACAAUGGCAAUCCUUAUGCAGUCAAGGAUUACAUGCAAGUGAAAAAAUCCGAUUACAUUACCUUAGGAGUGCUAAGUCAACCUAUCGAUGUUAUGAGACGCAAAACAGAAACAGUGAAAAAAGGCACACAGAAACCGUAG